UCUUCUGUCUCACUCUCAGUCUCUCACCCUCUCACCCUCUUUCCCUCAUCACCACCACCCUUCCGGCCACCCUCCACUUCAUUUUCCGGCGAGCCCACUUUCCCAAUCAUCACUUCUAGCACCAACUACUCAUUUUGACACAUAUCGUCAAGUUAUCAAACCACCGAACUCAUCAUCAUGUACCACCGUAGAUUCAAGACCCAACCAUUAUAUGCCGCUGACCCAGAUGAGCCCGAGCCCGAGCCCGCCUUAGAAGCUGGGCCUGCUUCUCCUUCUUCCGGUGAAGACACAAAAACUGAAGCACCAUCCCCCAAGAAAAGGAGGGAGAUUAAGAAGAGGGUGGUAACUAUACCGAUCGGUGACGUGGAUGGAUCUAAGAGCAAAGGAGAGACAUAUCCACCGUCUGAUUCAUGGGCCUGGAGGAAGUACGGACAGAAGCCCAUCAAAGGUUCCCCUUAUCCCAGGGGAUACUACCGAUGCAGCAGUUCAAAGGGGUGUCCCGCGAGGAAGCAAGUUGAGAGAAGCCGCGUGGACCCCACAAAACUUAUUGUCACCUACGCCUACGAACACAACCACUCCCUCCCUCUUCCCAAAUCCCAUUCCUCCUCCUCCUCCGCCGCCGCAGGCGACGGCGCUGGAUCAUCGCCGCCCACCGGAUCCGCCUCCACUUUCCCAGCGGAGGAUCUGACGGUGUUCGCGACCCACCCCGAUCUCGAUCUCGGCGGCGACUCUGCUGUUCUGCUCAGCCAUCACCACCACGCCGAGUUCGGAUGGUUCGAUGACGUGGCCUCCACCGGCGGCGUUCUGGAAAGCCCGAUCUGCGGGGAGGUGGACGAUGUGACGAUGACGAUGAGGGAGGAGGACGAGUCGCUGUUCGCCGAUCUCGGCGAGCUGCCGGAGUGUUUGGCGGUUUUCCGGCGGAGGAAUAUUCCAAGCGCUAGCGCGAUUCAGUGCGGAGGCGUCACAGGAUAACACAGCUGGAUCUUUUUCUUUUGUCCAGCGUUGCACAGUGAUAUAAUAUUCACGGCGUGAAAAU